GAAGGUAUGGAUUUGAACGUCAAACAAAGUGGAAUUCAUUCCGUCGCUUUGCACACGACUUACUUCCAAAAUCGCUCGGGGAAAGUCUAUAAAAGAGCCGAAGAAAGAUAUCUACGAAAUGAUCUUUCAUGUGGACUUGCUCAAUGUGGAACCUGCAAGGAUUUCGGCACAAAUCCGCUGUUAAAAAUUGAAAAUCCCGUAAGAAAUGCGAAAGUUGGAAGGCACGCGCUGAUUGUGGAUUCCACAUCAUUAAUCAGAUUCUACGAUUUGUUUGAUUCGUCUUUAUUGAGAGAUCUCAUCGUAACCCAGACUGUAUGGGAAGGAGUCAAAGCAAAAGCUGUACCAGCCUACAAGAAAAUGAAUUCUUUGUGUUAUGAAGAUGCGAAAGACAGAUUUCACGUGUUCAUGAACGAAUUUCACUGCGAGACCUUCUCCGAAUCAUCGAAAUUUGAGGAUUUGAGUCGUGGCGAAGAGCUUCUACUUUCAACAGCUCUUUACUUGAAAACUCAUUGGCAGAAGCAUAACGUGGCUCCUGUUGUCUUAGUUUUUGAUGAAGAUUCGAAAAAAAGAAUGGAAAAUCACUACCAACACGUGAUGUAUUUAAAGGAAUACAUACAAAAUUUGGAGGAUCCAGGAAAACAAGCACUUUUGGAUCAAAUGGCUGCGUAUGAAAGCUCUGGAAAUGGAAAUGAGAAACAAAUUUUCGAUGAAUAUCUAUCGCAUGAUAGAAUUAUGGAGGGAAUUGCCAGUGGAACGAUCAAAAGAGGAAAUUUCAGUGUUUCAAGAGAAAAUUAUCGCGAAGCUACUGUUAUUAUUGAUGAUCAGUUAACAUCUUGGUUCAUCACAGGAAAUAAUUGCAAUCGUGCCGUCAAUGGAGAUACCGUCGCAGUUCAACUUUUGCCAGAAGACCAAUGGACUGCUCCAGAGAAGAAAAUUCGACUCCGUGACGUUGAAGAAUAUGUUAAAACUGCAGAUGACAUGGGAAAUGAAGACGAGGAGAAUGAUGACGAGAACGAUGAGCCAAAAGCUAAAAAGUCGAAGAAAAUGACUGUUUCAACUGCAAAAGUUGUUGGAAUUAUCAAAAGAAAUUGGCGUGAAUAUUGUGGAAUGUUGCUGCCAAGUACAGUGAAAGGAGCCAGAAGACACUUGUUCUGUCCAGCUGAACGACUUAUUCCAAGAAUUCGAAUCGAGACGGAACAGGCUGAAACUUUAUCACAGCAGAGAAUUGUGGUGGCUAUUGAUCACUGGCCAAGAGAUUCCAAGUAUCCACUUGGACAUUACGUCAGAUCAAUCGGAGAGAUGGGAUCCCGUGAAACUGAAAAUGAGGUUCUCCUUCUCGAACAUGAUAUUCCACAUGCUCCAUUCUCAGAAUCUGUUCUUGAUUGUCUACCACGUGAAGAAUGGGAACCAGAUCUCACUGAAAACCGCGGCCCUCUACCACGUGUUGAUUUGAGAGAUUUAACAAUUUGUUCAGUUGAUCCACUUGGAUGUACAGAUAUUGACGACGCAUUACACUGUAAACAAAUUGGAGAGGAUCUUUUCGAAGUUGGAGUUCAUAUUGCAGAUGUCACGCAUUUUGUUAGACCAGGAACCGCAAUCGACGAUGAAGCAGCAUUACGUGGAACUACAGUAUACCUUUGUGAUCGUCGUAUCGAUAUGCUUCCAUGUCUGCUCAGUUCCAAUUUGUGCUCACUUCGCGGAGAAGAAGAGCGUUAUGCAUUUUCGUGUAUUUGGACAAUGACUUCUAGUGCUGAUAUACAAUCAGUUAAAUAUCACAAAUCUCUAAUUAAAUCAAAAGCUGCAUUGACUUAUGAGAAGGCACAAGAGAUUAUUGACGAUCCAAAAGAGCAGAAUGACGUGGCAUUGGGAUUACGUGGAUUGAUGAAAUUGUCGAAAGUUUUGAAUGCGAGAAGAACUGGAAAUGGAGCAUUGACGUUGGCAUCGAGUGAAGUUCGCUUUGAUAUGGAUUGGGAGUCCAGAACACCAAAGAAAGUAAUGGAAAAGCAGCAUUUGGACACACAUUCAAUGGUUGAAGAAUUCAUGCUUCUCGCAAAUAUCUCCGUUGCCGAGAAAAUUCUUGAGGAAUAUCCAGAUUGUGCACUUUUAAGAAGGCAUCCCGUUCCGUUGAAGGAGAGCUAUAAGCCAUUGGUUGAGGCCGCCCGUCAUCGUGGAUUUGAGAUUAUUGUUGAAAGUGGAAAAGGGUUGGCUGACUCGUUGAAUCGAUGUGUCGAUAAGAAAAAUCCAAUGUUAAAUAGGCUCCUGAGAAUGCUCACGACUCGUUGCAUGACUCAAGCUGUCUAUUUCUCUGCUGGAACAGUCCCAGUGCCACAAUAUCAACAUUUCGGGCUCGCAUGUGCCAUUUACACACAUUUCACAUCACCAAUUCGUCGUUAUGCUGACGUCAUUGUUCACCGUCUUUUGGCAGCAGCCAUCGGAGCUGACGAUAUUCAAUCAGGACUCCUGAAUCAAGCAAGAUGCACGAAAAUCUGUACAAACAUCAAUUACAGACACAAACAAGCUCAAUACGCUGGUCGCGCAUCGGUUCAAUUGAACGUUGUUCGAUAUUUCAAGGGAAAAGUGGAAACGUGUGAAGGAUUUGUGAUGGGUGUCAGGAAUAAUGGAAUUCAGGUGUUUGUUCCAAAAUAUGGUCUCGAAUCGAUUAUCGUACUUCAAACAUCUGCAGCUUCUGGUACAACUAUCGAUGUAGAGGAAAUGUCGGUCAAAGUCAAUGGAGAUGUUGUUAUCAAAGAAUUGGAACCGGUAACUGUGCGAAUCAGUGUGAACGAGAAAAACCAACAACGUCCACGUGUCGAACUUCAGCUAAUUAAACCAGCCAUUCCAGGACUCUCUGUUGAUUUUGAUCUUUCUUCUUCUGAAGGCCUUGGACUUUAAGAAGAUUUUGACAUACUUAUCUAUUCGAAUUUUUAUUUUUCCAAUUGAUUAUUCGUUGAUUUUUUCUGUUAUUUGUUGGCUUAUUUUUUCGUUAGUUUUAAUUUUAUGUUCCUAUUUUUGCCUUGUUGUCACCCAAUGAAUCUGUUCAUUUU